AACCACGCACUUAGCACCCGAAGAAGUCAUCGCACCGAACCGAAUCGAUUUCCGAUACGGUCAAGUGCUUCCGAACCUGCCCAGCAAUGGGCAAUGGGUAUAGUGUAGUGUUGUGGCUGUGUGUGGUAUGGUUCGCGCAAACAAAUCCUCCGUCCAUCGACCAUAGCCGCGCGCGCUGAUUUACACCUGGUAAAUAACAAGUGCUACCGACUAGGCAUGGUAGGUAUGGUUGGUUACUCAAGAGGCAUGAAAUACUUCAGCAGGCUCCUCCAACCAACGCCCGCCCAAAGAAACGCAAACCUGGGUCUGCGUCUCUAGGUGCGCUCUGCCUAAACAACAGUCGAUUUCGGGAAGUCUUGAAGAGCGUGCAAAACUGUUCAUCGCGGUACGCUUAGGCAGAUCAGUUGGGAUUAAUUAGAGAUUUUCUCUCUUUCUCGUGCGGGCAGGCAGGUGAACGAUGGCUCAUUAGUGUUGUGCGGUGCUUUGGGCACUAAAGUCCGUUUUACUCAAUCACUCUAAAGUCGUUCGAAUGCUUAAUCACGGAAAAGGUGCCUAAUAAUCGAAACCAACGCAUCGCUAGUUAUCGAAUACUCGCGCGCGCGCGCCCUGAUGGUGUUGUUUUGCAAACACGUCCGUUGAAGACUUCGGCGCGGAGAGUGGCGCGAAACGCGAACCCAAUCGAAGAAAUUUCAUUUCGGUUUGCUCAGUUCGACCGAUGGUCUGUAAUCGAUAGGGAGUACGGUUUAGUACAGUGUGAAUCGGGGUUCCAAGGCUGUGCAGUUCACAAACUGGUGAUAAUUUGGUCAGAUCCGGGAGUGGUUGAUGUUCUAAUUGAGUGAAGAAAAGUGAAAAAGUCAGAUUGCAUAAAUGAGUGAUCUAAGAAUCGGAAAUGUACAGAAGAGUUAGUGCUACCACGAUUGGUCCGGGCAGUCCUGCCGAUACCGAUGACAUCGAGUUUGACCCGCACGGAGCGACGGAUGGACGGGUCAUCAACGAAGAUAUCAUCCGCGGAGCUACUGGGAACCGGAGUACUCGAGAUGGGAACUAUGUCAGCUACAAGAGCCACUACUAUUGUCGGGUGGCCAACGACGACGAUGAAGAUGAAUAUCUAAUUCAACGCACCGUACAGGAGACCAAAGGAUGGGACGUCUUCCGGGAUCCUCCGAUCAAGGAGGACACCGGGUCGAUGGCCGAUCAGGCCUGCCUGGAGCUGACCAUAAAAAUCCUGAAAAUCUUCGCGUACCUGCUGACAUUCGUCAUCGUCCUUACAGGCGGUGUCGUAGCCAAAGGCUGUGUCCUAUUCAUGUCCUCGCAGCUGAAGCGGGAUCGUAAGAUCACCUACUGUAACCGAGACCUGGCUCGUGAUAAGCAAUUUGUGGCCACCCUACCGGAGGAAGAGCGGAUAGCGUGGAUGUGGGCGCUGAUGAUCGCGUUCGCCGUGCCGGAGAUCGGAGCGUUCAUUCGGUCGACCCGUAUCUGUUUCUUCAAAUCGAUGAAGAAACCAUUCAAGUCGCACUUUUUGCUCGUGUUCCUAAUGGAGUCGUUCCACACGAUCGGUUUGGUGUUGCUCUUCUUCGUGGUCCUCCCGGAAGUCGACUCGGUGAAAGGCGCCAUGCUGACCAACUGCCUCUGUGUGAUACCGGGUUUGCUCGGAAUGUUUUCGCGAACGAACAAAGAAGGAAAACGUGCCGUGAAGAGUAUCGUGGAUUUGGCAGCUAUUGCAGCGCAAAUUACAGGUUUCGUGGUGUGGCCACUGCUGGAGAAUAGGCCAGUUCUAUGGUUGAUUCCCGUGUCGGCCUUGUUGACGUCCUGCGGAUGGUGGGAGAAUUAUGUUUCGCCGCAGAGUCCUUUCGGAUUCGUCCGAGCGAUGGGUCGCGUGAAGGAGGAUCUCAAACAGACUCGCUAUUUUACGUACAUGUUUUUAUCGUUGUGGAAGAUCAUUCUGUUCUUCUGCAUCGUGUUAGUGAUCAUGUUCUUCAACGGAGAUGAAGUUGCCAACCUAUUCUCAUUAUUCGGAGUUGGGUUUGGACCGCACAAGAUUGUGGUAGAGGAAGUUGCAACGGCCUUCAGCUCGGCACUUCCUGAUCUUGUUGAAGCGUCGCAAGCUGGUGAUACCGUAGAUAUAGAUGCUUCCUACAAUACCGUCACAUAUGUUCUGAUCAUUCAGAUUUUGGGCGCUUACUUGUGCUAUGUUUUCGGCAAGUUUGCUUGUAAGAUUCUGAUUCAAGGCUUCAGCUAUGCUUUCCCAGUGAAUCUAACCAUUCCGGUAGCAAUCUCACUUCUGAUUGCCGCUUGUGGUAUUCGAAAUGACGAUCCCUGCUUUUUCCACGGAUCAAUACCAGAUUACUUGUUCUUCGAAAGUCCUCCGGUAUUCCGACUGAGUGAUUUCGCAUCACGUCAAAUGGCAUGGGCCUGGUUACUUUGGCUUCUGUCACAAACCUGGAUCACACUGCACAUCUGGACCCCCAAGUGCGAGCGUUUGGCCAAUACGGAAAAGCUCUUCGUUACUCCCAUGUACAAUGCCCUGCUGAUCGACCAAUCGAUGGCGCUGAACAGAAGACGCGACGAUCAGGCAGACGUUAAGACCGAAGACUUGGCCGAAAUCGAGAAGGAAAAAGGAGACGAAUACUACGAAACCAUCUCGGUUCAUACGGAUGGUUCGGCAAUGCCCCGUCCAAGCGUAAAAUCGUCCGAUCACAUCACUAGAAUCUACGCCUGCGCAACUCUGUGGCACGAAACUAAGGAGGAGAUGAUCGUGUUCUUGAAGUCGAUCAUGCGAAUGGAUGAAGAUCAAUGCGCCAGACGAGUGGCUCAGAAGUAUCUGCGUAUCGUUGAUCCGGAUUACUACGAGUUUGAAACUCACAUUUUCUUCGAUGAUGCUUUUGAAAUCUCCGAUCACAGCGAUGAUGAUAUCCAGUGCAAUAGGUUCGUAAAAAUCUUGAUCGAUACGAUCGACGAAGCCGCUUCCGAGGUUCAUCAAACGAACAUCCGACUGAGACCACCGAAGAAGUAUCCGACGCCCUACGGAGGUCGUCUGGUUUGGACGCUGCCCGGAAAGACGAAGCUGAUUGCCCACCUCAAGGACAAGGAUCGUAUUCGACAUCGUAAGCGUUGGUCGCAGGUCAUGUACAUGUACUAUCUGCUCGGACACCGGCUGAUGGAACUACCGAUCUCAGUUGAUCGUAAGGACGUAAUGGCUGAAAACACUUAUCUACUAACACUGGACGGGGAUAUCGAUUUCAACCCGAGUGCCGUCACUCUGCUGGUAGAUUUGAUGAAAAAGAACAAGAACCUGGGCGCUGCUUGCGGUCGUAUUCACCCGAUUGGAUCCGGUCCGAUGGUGUGGUAUCAGAAGUUCGAAUACGCUAUUGGUCAUUGGCUGCAGAAGGCUACCGAACAUAUGAUCGGAUGUGUACUUUGUAGUCCUGGAUGUUUCUCGCUUUUCAGAGGCAAAGGUCUCAUGGACGACAACGUUAUGCGUAAGUAUACCACUCGUUCGGACGAAGCCCGUCACUACGUACAGUACGAUCAGGGAGAAGAUCGUUGGUUGUGUACACUGCUGCUACAAAGAGGUUAUCGUGUCGAAUACUCCGCUGCCUCCGAUGCCUACACUCACUGUCCGGAAGGUUUCAACGAGUUCUACAACCAGCGUCGUCGCUGGGUUCCGUCCACCAUUGCCAACAUUAUGGAUCUGCUGAUGGAUUAUAAGCGUACGAUCAAGAUCAACGACAACAUCUCGCUGCUGUACAUCUUCUACCAGAUGAUGUUGAUGGGUGGUACCAUUCUGGGCCCGGGAACGAUUUUCCUUAUGUUGGUGGGAGCUUUCGUCGCCGCAUUCAAGAUUGACAAUUGGACUUCGUUCUACUAUAAUAUCAUUCCUAUAUUACUGUUCAUGUUGGUAUGCUUUACCUGCAAAUCGAACAUCCAACUACUGCUAGCACAGAUAUUAUCAACGGUAUAUGCACUGAUUAUGAUGGCGGUAAUCGUCGGUACAGCAUUGCAGUUAGGCGAGGACGGAAUCGGAAGUCCUUCGGCUAUAUUCUUGAUAGCAAUGACAGGGUCAUUCUUUAUAGCAGCGUGUCUCCAUCCGCAAGAGUUUUGGUGCAUAGCAUCAGGUUUGAUCUACUUGCUCUCGAUUCCAUCUAUGUACUUGCUGUUGAUCUUGUACUCGAUCAUCAACUUGAACGUUGUCUCAUGGGGUACCCGUGAAGUUGUGGCCAAGAAGACAAAGAAGGAACUCGAGCAAGAGAAGAAGGAUGCUGAGGAAGCAGCGAAGCGCGCUAAGCAAAAAUCGCUGCUUGGAUUCCUUCAGGGAGGAGCAGGAUCUAAUGCAGAUGAGGAAGGUUCGAUUGAAGUCUCCAUCGCUGGAUUGUUCCGUUGUUUGUUGUGUACGCACGGAAAGACCACCGAUGAAAAAGCUCAACUGGUCCACAUUGGAGACGCGCUGGAUUCCAUCACCAAAAAGAUCGAAAAUCUGGAAAAGCACAUUGAUCCUCAUGGACAUCAUACUCGCAAACGAACGGCAUCGGCUGGCUCGCGCGAUCAUCAUUUGGGCUCAGUUGCUGAGGAUAGUGAAGAAGAGGACGAGCAAUCGGAUUCGGAGACUUCAACGCUGCAGAGAAACGAACGCGACUUCUUGACGAACCCCUACUGGAUCGAGGAUCCCGACUUGAAGAAGGGUGAAGUGGACUUCAUCUCCAGCACGGAAAUUCAGUUCUGGAAGGACUUGAUCGACCAAUAUCUUUACCCCAUCGAUCAGAACAAAGAAGAACAGGCACGUAUUGCACAUGAUCUGAAGGAGCUGCGUGAUUCGUCCGUUUUCGGAUUCAUCAUGAUCAACGCUCUCUUCGUACUGAUCGUGUUCUUACUACAGUUGAACAAGGACAACAUCCACGUCAAGUGGCCGCUGGGUGUCAAGACCAACAUUACUUAUGACGAAGCCACACAAGAGGUGCACAUCUCGAAAGAGUACCUCCAGCUGGAACCGAUCGGUCUGGUGUUUGUGUUCUUCUUCGCGUUGAUUCUGAUCAUCCAGUUCACGGCCAUGUUGUUCCAUCGCUUCGGAACCUUGUCGCAUAUCUUGGCCUCAACCGAGCUCAACUGGGGCUGUAACAAGAAACCGGAGGAGCUCUCGCAGGAUGCUCUGAUAGAUAAGCACGCGGUGGAGAUCGUCAAGAAUCUCCAGAGGUUGCAAGGUAUCGACGGGGACUACGACAAUGAUUCCGGCAGCGGGCCGGACCGGAUAGCACGCCGUAGAACGAUCCAGAAUCUGGAGAAGGCACGUCAACCCAGGAGGCAGAUUGGCACACUGGAUGUGGCCUUCAAGAAGCGUUUCCUGAAGCUGACGGCCGAUGAGAACAACACUGGAACGCCGAUCCUGACCCGCAGGAUGACGAUGCGCCGCGAGACGAUACGUGCCCUGGAGGUGCGCAAGAACUCGGUCAUGGCCGAGCGGCGCAAGUCCCAGAUGCAAACGCUGGGAGCGAACAACGAGUACGGAAUCACUGGAGUGAACAACUCGAACAACAACGCUCCUCAACGUCCGCUUCGAACAUCCAACGCCGGUGUCAGCGUUAAGGACAUCUUCAACGUGAACGGUGGCCCGGGCGGUGACAUCUACGGCGUGACCGGACAGGUCAACCAAGCCUACGAACCGGUCAUCGAAGACGACGACCGCAAUUCGCUCAGACUGCAGCCGCGCAACCAAGUGACGUGGAGCAAUAGCAACGGACGACUGUGACAAAACCGGAGUACAUCCAUGAGCAUGUUACCCCUGGCCCCCGGCCCUCCGCUUCAGGAGGAAUGUGAUGUCCUAAAUCUUGAUUGAACGUCAAACGUGUUCUAGCAAUAAGGAAUUCAAAGUGAACGUGAUUGUGAAGCAAGCUCGAUGGAAGAGACAACAACUGAUAAUUUAUAGCACAAUUAGUAUGUAUCUAUUGCUAAAACUUGAACGAUGAUGCAAACAGAUAACUGCCGACAUUUUAUGUUUUUCGAGAACUAGGUUUAACAAUCGUACUGUAGUUUUGGAACCCUAUACACAACCAAUCAACCGAAAAACUGCCAACUGAUACAUAGGUAUACUCAAGGUUUUGCACCCUGACAAAGCAAGAAACUCAUCGCGAAAAGAAAUACUCAAUAUAGGUUUUAUAAAUUUAGCAAUACUAUGACGAAGUAAGAACAAUCCAUGCAAAAAAAAGUUGUUUUGGUUAUGAAGCGUAAGAAAAAUGUUCAUACGCUGCAAAAUUGAUUUCGAAAUGCCUAUUGCAUAUUUAUUUUUAGAGAAUAAAAUCAAAUUUUAGGCCUCCUUCUUUCUGACGAACAAGUUGACAAACACUAAAUUCAAUCUCCGGUUUAUGUAAAUACGCCUCGGAACUAAUUUCUCACUUUUUGUAUGAUCUUUUAUAAUCUUUGUUUUAUAUGACCUACCCUUUUUUGUCAAUUAUUAGUUCAAUUUUGUUUUGUCUGUGCGAGAUGCACUGUGUAAAUCCUAAACUACGAAAGAAGUAAAAUAAAAUCGAUAGACUUUAAUAUACAGUUUUAUAUAAAUUUAUGGCUGAAGUUGUU